AUGGUGAGGAAAAGAAAGGCAAGUGAUAGGGAAGAAGAGAAUGGAAACAUGGGGUGUCAUGAUCAUGGGAUGAAUGAGGCUGCAUCCAUGGCACUGCACGGUGGAGCGCGACGAGCACGUAAACGCUACGUAGGGGUACGCCAACGCCCAUCUGGGAGAUGGGUGGCGGAGAUAAAAGACACCAUACAGAAGAUAAGAGUGUGGCUAGGCACAUUCGACACUGCAGAGGAAGCAGCCAGGGCUUACGACGAGGCAGCUUGCAUACUCCGCGGAAGCAACACUCGUACCAAUUUCUGGCCCUGUCUGCCGUCUCCUAACUCAACCCCGGCCCUCCCUCCGAAAAUUGCCAACCUUCUCCUCCACAGGCUUAAACACAGACACAAUGCUUGUGCUAAGCAACAGGUUCAAGAAACAAUAGAAGUACUACAUGACACACAAUAUGAGCACUUUCUUGACAUGCCUAACAAUAUCACCACUAAUGAAACUAGUGAUGGCACUACUAAUAUCAAUGCCAUUACAUGUAAUAGUGAUUACAUCAAUGCAAGUAGUGAGUCUAGUAUCAUGAGAGAAUUUGAAUUGGACAGUAAGUUUGCUAGUGUUGAUCAGUUGUUGAAUAUUGGCGAGGGAGAGUGUAAAAUAGAUUUAGAAGAAGGAUACGAUUUGGGGACUAUUGAUUUCCAAUUUGUGGAUGAUAUUGGAACUUCUUGUUACUUCUCUCCAUUUGAGAUUGCAGAGGAGAUGGCAGAGCCAAUGGAGAAGGAGAGUUACGAUGACGAGCCCUCAAUGCUCAUGGAAGCCAUGGAACUCAUGAAGUAUGAACGCAAGUUCUCAGCUUCUCUUUAUGCCUUCAAUGGCGUAUCAGAGUGUCUAAGGCUGAAACUUGAGUCGGCAAAUAAUGGUAGGGAAAAUGGGAGGUUUGAGGAGCUAUCUGACUUCAGUAAUAGCUGUAAUGAGAGUCGAGAAGAAACGAAAAGGGAAGAAAAUGAAGUAGAUGUUAAAGUGUUGGUGGAAGAACAAUUUGGGAGCCAAUUGAUCCAACAGACUUCAACAGAAACAGGGUCAUCUUCUUCUUCGUCGUCGUCUUAUUUUUCUUCUUCGAGCAAGGAAGGCGGUGAAUUGGCUCUUUGGAGCUCUCUUGAUCUCCCUCCUAUCACUAUGUUACUUAGUGGAUAA